GUCGUUAACAACAAUACCGACACGUACGUACCUACAAGCCACGGAAAGGUAUGCAGCUGGAUCCAAUAGUGGAGGAAAUAUAACUACCCAACAAAACCCAUCUUAAACCAACAGACCCUCGCUUCGUUUAUAAAUACGCAGCGCCAUACGCCCACCUCGAACCUGAGAACCUGACGCGGCAUCAUGCAAACAAAACCGAGCAGAGAGAUGGCGGCCGUCUCCUCCACCGCCACCGCCUCCUCGCAGCCGGAGCUGCCGACCUCCACCGCCCACCCUACCGCCAAUGCCGCCGCCAACAGCAGGCUGGCGCGGCGGCCGCGGCGAAACAACAGCUUCGUGAUGGUGGAGGAGGCGUCCUAUGCCAGCGGCGGCGGCGACGGCGGGGUGGCCAGGACGAAGAGCCUCACGGAGGACGACCUGGAGGAGCUCAAGGGCUGCGUCGACCUCGGCUUCGGCUUCGCGUACAGCGAGAUACCCGAGCUCUGCGGGACGCUGCCCGCGCUCGAGCUCUGCUACUCCAUGACCCGGAGGUUCCUCGACGAGCAGAGGGCGCCGGGACAGGAUGAGGAGGAGGAGGAGCCUGCGUCGCCGCCGCUCCCAAAUUGGAGGAUCUUUGCACCGGGUGACGAUCCGGAGGAAGUGAAGGCCAGGUUGAAGUAUUGGGCUCAAGCAGUAGCAUGCACUGUCAAGCUCUGCAGCUGAACCAGAGGCUGGUUUUAACUGCUGUCUGUUCUGUUAGCGUAUGCUGCGACGGGCCGAACCGAGGGCCUGUUGGAGGUUGAACAGUCUGGUUGUAUGUGUUUUGGGAUUCGGGGGAGCGAAGAACUCUCUUCAUAGGUUUCUUCUCUGGCUGCUUCUGCAAGAACUUGGGAGGGCGGAGGAGGGAUCAUGAUCCGGGACAGCGACAGACCCCGAUUGAGAUCCAUGGUUUGAGGGUUCUACGCCGCAAGCCUUUGCAAAAUGCAGGACCUGCUGUUUCGUUGUUAAUAAUAAUAAUGAUGAUGAUCACUAGGUGUUCUAACUGUCGUAGUCCUGUAAUAAUUAAUGACGCACUGAAUGGAAGUUUCGAGUUUUGGCUACUAAUCCAAGGGUUGAUUAGCUCCAAUUUUUGAUCUA